AUGGGCAAUGUUAGAUCCCGGAAUGAGACAACCCAUCAACAGAGAAAUAGGAAAUUUACCAGGAAUUUAAGUCAACCUCAAUUAACAGCAGCAGCAACAACAACAACAGCUACGUUAAUACAACCACCAGCACCUUCGGAAAGUUUGGGUGAAACAUCACAAGAGCAGCAGCACCACCAGCAGCAGUCUUUGAAACAGGCCUCUUUCUGGAGUCUGGGCAGUUUAAAUUGGAAUUUAUCCUUUUCAACAUCUGGACGUCGUCAUCAUUCCUUUAAGCAGCGGCAAAAAUCUUCACGCAAAAGCUUUAGUACCCUACAGUAUAGUCGCCGUUCGAAAACGCAAUGGCAUAAACCUCUAACCAAUGCCAUUUUCAGUUCACACUUUAAAGAGUCGAGUCGUAAUAGUGAAUUUCAUAUUGACCAUUUGGUAGCUAAGGGUGCCUUCGGUGUGGUUUUCAGAGUUAUUGAUAAGAAGAAAACCGAAGAACAACAACAUCUACUGCAGCAGGAACAUAAUCACCACCACCAACAUCAGCAGGCAGAGAAAAAUACUGAUAAUACAAUUUCUACAACUCCUCCUGUUGUUGUUUAUGCAUUAAAAGUUCUGAAGAAAUCUAAAAUCAUAUCGGAGAAUAGUAUACAACAAAUUAAAGACGAAGCCGAUAUACAAAAAUUGUGUGGCCAUCAUCCGUUUAUUGUUCAACAAAUUGAUUUGUGGCAAAAUCGUCAUAAUUUGCAUAUACUUUCCGAAUACGUACCAAAUGGUGAACUUUUCUCCAGAAUUGCAACAUUUUCAUUGGAUCUAAUUCGUAUCUAUUUGGCUGAAAUUGCUUUGGCAUUGGAUUUCCUACACAACGCUGGCAUUAUAUAUCGUGAUGCCAAACCAGAAAAUAUCCUACUAACUGCUGAUUAUCAUUUAAAAUUAACCGAUUUUGGUUUAAGCAAGUGGCUGAAAUUGGGUUUAAGCACAAAAACUAUGUGCGGCACAUUUCAAUAUAUGGCUCCGGAAAUUUUAAGGGGUGAACCCUAUACGCAUUCGGUUGAUUGGUGGUCAUUGGGCAUAAUUGUUUGUCAAAUGUUUAUUAAAAAGAGUCCGGAUAUUAGGCAAUUUAUAACUAUUUCAUUGCCAGAGCAUUUAAAGCAGCAACCUAAGGAUAGUGUGGAUAAUAUUUUAACCAGCAAGCUGGAGGAGGAGAAUGUACCCGAGGCCAUAAAUCGAAACCUGAAGGAUAUCGAAGACUUUUUACCCGAAGAGGUUGAAGCAUUACCGCAUGAGGGUCGUGAUGUCUUGAAACGUCUACUGGAGUUUGAUGGCCAGAAACGUUUACAUUCUGUAAGAGCCUUACAGAAGAUCGCCAUGUAUAUGAAUUUUAAAAUUGAUGCUAAGUACUUAUUGAAUCUCCGUCCAUUGGAUAUAAUCAAAAAAGACAAUAUUAUGCUGUACGACAACGAAGAACCCAAAAAUAACUUGGAGGCUGAUAGAAUAUUUCAAAAUUUUUAA